ACCUACUGGUUGUCCUUUGCCUUACGCGACCUCUAUGGGUGAGAACAACAUAACGGGGAAGGAGGCGGGGUCCCCUUCUCCCCCUGCGCCUUGCGACGACGUCAUGCCGACCCAGCCUAAGAAACGAAACGGGCGCAGCCUAGCUUCGGUCGCGGUUUGAUGAUAGCACAAAGGAGACUUGAGCUGAACCCGCCAACUUCGCAGCGCCUGUGAGGCGCUCGGUCCUGCGGAGGGUUCGGAGCGCGAAACAGCAGCGCCCGGCGAUGACGUCACCGCAGUCACCAAUGAAGCCCAGCGUCUGCCCCAGGAAGCGAGACCGAGGAGAUGAUGAGGACGCCCGUGAAGAGAGCGCUGUCAAGAGCCAGAGGAGCAAUGCUAAGACCCCCCUUACUCUGCCCAUCACCCCGUCUCGAUACGAUGCUCCUUUCCCUUUUUACCGGAGGCCGGCUGAAGUGGGCCGCUUUUCAUUGGACUCCCAGCGCUGUUACCAUGGGGACGCUCGCCAGCUGCGCUACUAUGCUCCACCCCCAACCGAAGGCCCCUCUCCUGGCUUCGACUUGCGCGACGGCUACCGUGACCGCUACGUGCAGCGAGAUGAGAGCAUCCGUGAAGGACUGGAGCAUUUGCUGCAAUGGAUCGCUCAAAAUCAGAAGCAGCUGCAGGCAGCAGAGGAAAAAGGACAGCUGCUGAACACGGACUUUGUGACGUGGCGGGGGCAUCUCACCAAAGUGCUCACCACCCCGUACGAAAAGCAGGAUGGGUGGUUGCUGGCGGUCAGCCUCUUCCGUGGAACCCUGUACAUCAGCGAGUUCGAGACUGAAUCUGCCCGGAAGCAACGGGAGCAGCGCCCGGAACUACUGAAGGAGCUCACGUACAUGGGCUACAAGUUCGAGCAUUACGUGUGUGCUGAUACCCCUGAUGGGAUUCCUGACCCUACCGGGGUGGUGAACACCAACGAGGGCUUCUGCACAGUUAUUCGGACCCGGUUGGGGACACAUUCGCUUCUGUUUUCGGGUGAGGUGGAUUGUACAGACCCCCGAAGCCCCUGGCCUGAUCCACCAAGCUGUUACGUGGAACUCAAGACCAGUAAGGUCAUGCACAGUCCUGCUCAGAGGAAGAGUUUUUACAGGCACAAGAUGAUCAAGUGGUGGGCUCAGUCCUUCCUGCCCGGUGUGUCCCGGAUUGUGGCUGGAUAUCGGGGACCAGAUGGCUCUGUGGUGGGACUGGAGACCUUCGAAACCAUGAAGAUAUUCCAGCUCAUCCGGGAAGACCCAAGCUGUUGGAAGCCGGCUGUGUGUAUGAAUUUUUGUGCUGCAUUUCUCAGCUUUGUCAAGAAAGUGGUGACAGAGGACAACCCCAAGCUGGUCCAUCUCUUUGCUUGGGAACCAGGUCACCCCGUUUCCUUCACCGUGCACCGUGAUUCCGAGUACACUUUCUUGCCUGACUGGUAUGUGGAAGCUCUGAGCUCCGAGAAGCCUCCUACACCCCAGAUCCCAGACUGAUGAAUUUGAUUGCGGGGAGAAACUGGUUUUUGGAACUAGAGCUGGUGGGCCAAGAAACCCAAUGCAGGGGAAAGAGGAGAGAUCGAAGGGAGGCUGCUGUUUAGAUGAUGGUGGGUGAACCUCUACUGCCACCCUUCUCCCCCUUGUCAUGUUGAAAGAGGAACAGGGCAAUAAA